AUGAAGCACCUCAUCCUAGCGGGGGCGUGCUAUUUGGACACUAUUCUGACUUCUGUGCUCACACUUGAGAUACCACGGCUUGCCUGUAGUGUUCCCCAGUUUCCCGAAGAAGACUCCAAGCUACGCGCAACGGCCUUGCAGGUGAGACGCGGGGGCAACUGUCCCAACACAGCCGAGGUUCUCCAGCAGCUACUCCUCUCAGGAGGUGGCCUGGAUUCUUCAUCAACUCAAAACCAACCAGACAGCGCCGCUGGCGUUGUUGCCGUUACACCGCUACCGUCACAACAACAACAACAACAACAACAGCAGCUGCUGCAGCAGCAGCAGCUGAAAUUACACUUGGUUUCUAUCCUGCCCGAUGUUGGGUCUCCCGCCAUUCGCAGAAUCCUGUCAUCCUUUGCAACUCCUCCUGCUCCUCAGCCGUCUCCAUCUUACGACUCUGAGUCUCUGUCCGAGUCUGUGACCAGCGCCGCUUCUGCUACCGCUACCAGUGUUGACUUUAAUCACUGUCUGUACCGCAAGGGGUACGAUGAAGCAGCCAGUAGUUACAUUAUUCGCAGUGGCGCGACAGGCAGCCGGACCAUUGUGAACUACAAUGAUCUUCCAGAGAUGACAACGGACGAGUUUAUGAAUAUCGCGGAUGAUUUCGUUUCCCUCCAGCAUUACCACAGUGUUGAUGGAAGCUCUAAGGGUUUCAUUGGUGAGGAUUGCUGGUGGCACUUUGAGGUCCUACCAGGAAGCACUAUUAGCGUCGAGAUAGAAAAGCCAGGCCGGGAGGGCCUUACUGAGCUGGCCGCGGAAUCUGACGUGGUGUUUUACUCCAAGAGUUGGGCAGAGAGCCGAGGAUACACCAACCCAGAAGCUUGUCUGAGAGGCGAGCUGCCGAAUUGCAAGAAAGCUUCUCUGAUGCUGUGCACAUGGGGAUGUCAAGGGGCUGGUGCUCUCUUCCCUUCACCCGCCGGCACCGGCGGUGGCAACAAUGAGCAAACAGCAAAAGUAACAGAACCAGAAUAUCUGCACUGUUCUACAGCAGAGGUAUUCGAGACCCAGAUAAUCACCGUAGUUGAUACAAUCGGCGCAGGAGAUACUUUCAUAGCCGGCAUAUUGUACGGUUUGUUGAUGGCCUCGCCGAAUGACACCGCAACCGCAACUGCAACCAAAGACCGAUCCUGGAUCCAGUCCACGAGUCAAAAGGAGAAGAAGAAGCUUUUGGCCUUUGCCGUGAGACUGGCUACCCAGAAGGUUCAGGUGGAGGGAUUCAACGGGAUUGUUAAGGGAUGGUAACUGUCACAGGAUGCGGUGACUUUGGUUGUGUACCUAAUCUGCACACUUGGAAUUCCGUUGGCAAGCAAAACAUUGACGAUCUUUUUGAUAGCUUUCAGAGCUGGGCUGAUAAGUUCACCCUAGCCAGCGAUAGUGACCUACCUCAUGUUCGACAAAGCCGAUGGACAGCGACAGAGUGCAUAUCAAUCAUUACUAUGGGCUGGUUCCUUCUUGCUUGUGAUGAUGACGAUGAUGGGCAGUUCCCGAGUCCUCAUGUGUAGAGAUAGUCCUGACCAGCUUGUGCUUGGUUUGAGAAUGAAUGGAAAUGAACGUGGAACUGUAUAGUUGAAACCUGACUACUAACGCUUCAUACACUGACUGAC